AUCGGCGCCGUGUGCAGAGCGCGUGAUUAGGCAUCGUGCCAAUAAUAACUCUCUUCAAAUUGGCUUCAAAUCUUCAAGUGAAGGACGUGGAUGAUCACAAGACUUGCCGACGGUACGUAUGUCAGAGUCGACGAUAAUCGUUGAACGCUCCGAAAGGGUGGGGAUUAUCAAGCUCAAUCGACCUAGGGCUUAUAACGCACUAUCUGGAACAUUGAUCAACGAGUUAUUGGAUGCUUUGAGGUCGUUCGAGAGCGACCCCAGCAUAGGCGCUAUUAUCCUGACGGGCAACGAGAAAGGAUUCUGUGCUGGUGCGGAUAUCAAGGAGCAAAGUGAACUGUCCUUUGUCGAUGCAUACAACCAAGACUAUCUGAAGAAUCUAAAUGACGGAUUUUUUGCUGUCCAUAAGCCAAUAAUCGGGGUCAUCAAUGGUAUCGCACUGGGAGGUGGUUGUGAGCUGGCGAUGAUGUGUGAUAUUUUGUAUGCAGCAGAGAGUGCAACGUUCGGGCAGCCAGAAAUCACACUGGGAACCAUCCCAGGAGCUGGAGGGACACAGCGCUUAAUCAGGGCUAUUGGGAAAUCGAAAGCGAUGCACAUGAUAUUGACGGGGGAGAUUAUUAGCGCAAAGGAGGCCGAAGCAGCAGGGCUUGUGGCUAAGGUUCUCCCCGCAGAGCAGGUCUUUAGUGUGGCCUUGACAACAGCGAGCAAGAUAGCGAGUUUCUCCGCUCCCGUCGUAGCAAUGGCAAAGGAAGCGGUCAACGAAGCUGAAGAGCUGGGGUUGAAGAAUGGGCUACAUUUCGAAAGCAGACUUUACCACGCGACCUUCGGGCUGGAGGAUCAUGCAGAAGGGUUCCAAGCAUUCCUCGCCAGACCCAAGCGUGUAGCGCAGUGGACACACAAAUGA